UGUACCCUGUAUGUAUUUCUCUUUUCCAAAAAGUUACAUUGAGAGGGACUAACAGCAAACUGAAAAGAGAAUAGACCGUUUGUUUUUGUCCGUGGAAGUAAUCGAUACAAUUGGGGAAAAGGGCUCUUUCGGGAAAUUGAUUUUCCUAAAAUUCCAGUGAAACCCUUUUUCUCCUUAUUUCGGAUGUGGGUUUAUGUUGUCACUGUCACUUCAAAUUAAGUGGAAUCUUUCCCUUUGCGUUAAGAAUAAAUUUUUCUCACCAUUUUUUAAUAUCAGGGGGCAACUUUUACCACCCAUUAAUAGAUUGGAAAAUGAAAAUUGAGUAGGGGUGACUUGAAAUGUUAGGAAAGAUUGCCAAAACACUGGCUGAUAUGUGGGAAUUCGAUGACACUAUUUAACAGAGGGAUGGCGGCGUUCGAAGGGUUGCAAGUGCAGUAGCAACACGUGCUUAAAACGCCCUUGGGACCCUCUCCCUGCCGUGGGAAAAUAGAGCCAAUAUUUUCACGAACAACUAUGGUCAAGUACACUUCAACCUUUAACAUUUGUAAAAAAAAAAUAUGCUCCUCCUUGAACCUUCAAAAUUGCAAUUCAAAAAUCGUAUAAAUGGAAGAAGAUGAAAUAUGAAUAUUCCAUUUUCAAUGAAUAUGGUUAAACUCCGUUCACCGGUUCAUUGUGCAUGCUAAUAACGCGUGGAAAAAAAGGCACAUAAAUAAAUCCAGAAGACAAUAGAACGGAGGAACAGUGCUCCGUUACGUUUUCAUUGCGGAAAAACGGUGGGCUCGCAGAUGUCGACCACCGGCUGAAAUCUAUUCUCUGUGUUUGUCGCCACGGGGUGUCGUAAGUCCUUCUUCAAACGACACCCCAAUUUACGCAAUCACGAUUCGCUGUUCGUUCUUCGCCAAUAACUAAAUGCGUUCCACGAACGUCAUUUAUGAGAUUAUGAAGAACAUAUCAAUCUCUUGGGGUGAUUUUUCUGAAUACACAGAACGAUCCUCCUGAAUUGCAUCUGAUUCAUCGACAAGUUAAUUUACCUAAAAUUUAUUCUGAGUUUCUUUUAAAAAAAAAGGCAAGUCCUAGUAGAAAAUACAUCUCUAUCCAAUUAAAGAGUGUCUCGCAGAUUUUUUCAAGGUCCCCAUCGUGAAAAGCAUGCACGUGCGUACCAGAUACAAAGAGGAACCGUGUUUCCUUCGUUGGGUUGAGACGAUUGCAAGGGUGGUGCAUUGUGACCGGGGUAGCUAACGUCGAACAGAUGCAGCCAACUCGGUGCAUUGUGUCGCAGAGGUCCGGUUACGUUUUAUUGCGUUACUUGUCUUCCACGGUGGCGCGCGACACGCGUUCUUCCUCUAUGGAAGACGUUUCUUUCGUUGACAGAAGAAAAGAGAAACGUCGAGGGUGGUCGGCGCCAGUCUCAUCCUCCCUCCCCGUCGAUAUCGCGAAAAAAAAAAAAUCGUCCAGGACACGGGAUCGGUGUCCUAGAAAUCGGAGAACGUCCAACGGGAUCGGACCUACGGUGUCCUUGAAACUGGAGACGCCGAACCGGAAGCAAGGUGCGUUACCAACAGAGAAAUUGUUCCAUCAAGCUUUCGUGUGAAACGAAGAGGAGUUCGAAGCAGCCUCGUUCAAUGAACUUCGAUUUCAUCGUAAUAAAGAAGAUGAGAGGAGAAGAGGACAAAUUGAGGAGUUGGUACGAGUGUGAAAUACGAAGAGGCAGUAAUAAAAAAGGAAAGAAAGAAUCUCAAGUGGUUGCACAUGAGGGACGAAACUUUUCGGCUACCUACGUCAGCGAUUAUUCUCUCUCCGAAAGUAAAGGGAAAACUCGUAAAUUUCUGAACGACAAGAUUCUAGACGAGUGUGGCUGGCGCCAGUGAAAUUUCGAAGGUCAACUACUCUCUUCAACGUUCGCAUCAUUCUUAUCCUCUUUCACAUCUGCAGUCAGAGGGAUUCGAGGGGUUGGAAGUUCUUUAGAUGCAGAAAUAGGAAGAUGAACAAGUUACAGUAAAAAUUUUGCGUGGCAUUUAGAGGAAAAAAAUCGGUAUCGAAUUUCAUGUAAGAGAUCCUACCGAUCGACGCCCACUACUGCUACGACCUCCGUCCUAAGUAAUUUGAGACAAGGGCGUAACCAUCCACUUCUUUCCCUUCUCGACAAGCUUCUUCUUAUUCUUUUUCAGCUUUUACCGACUCUUCUUCACCCGUUACCUUCAAAAUGGCUACUACAUUUUUUUACACAAAGGAUUAUAAAUCAAACAGAAAAAUAAGAAUAUCAAGCAUAAUUAAUGAGAUCAAUGGUACGGAAAUGAAGGAGUAUAAACUUUAAUAUUUACAGUUUCCGGCCCGCUAGAAUUAAUUGUCGUGUACGGAGUGUUACGAGCAGAGUUGAAGGAACGUCCGGGAAUAUCCUUUACCGCCAAAGGGAUUCACCCUAAACGGUAACAAUCCCAUGGGACGUUUCUCUGACCGGGACAACCUGUCGCAUAAAUACCAAAGUUGCCACCUGUUUUCCUGUUUUCGACCACACGUGCUGCUCGCCGCGCUAAUUAAUUACCCAAUUAAUCAUUUUAAUUGAAAAUUUUGCAAAUUACACCUCUGACUAUUAAGCGUCGUUAUUUUAAUAUCUGUAAUUUAAAGUGAUGAAUUAAACGAUGUAUCAUCAUCGAAGGAUGCUAAUCGAGUGAGUCACACUCAUAAAUGUAUAUUACGAAGUUACGAGAAGUUGAUGAGGGAAAAAAAGGUGUAGUAAAUUGUUGGCGAUAAGCAUAGGCGUCUGGUUCUAUACCCGAUUGUCGCCAGACCCGAUACACGUGUUAAUGCUAAUUAUUUAUCGGUCGUAGGUAUUAAUAGCAUUUUAAGUAAAAAUUCUGUAAUCUUACUUGUCAGACAGCAUGGCAAGAGUGAAAAAUAUGGAGAUUGCUUCAGGAUAUUCCAUUUUUUCUGCCCUCUUCAAGAAUUCUUCCCUGUAGAGGUACACUAUUACUCUUGAUCUUUCAUUUUUUCUCAUUCAUAUUUUUUCUGGUUCUUCUGGUAGAUAGCGAAGAAAGUGAUUGGUCGAGUGGUUGGUCGGCGGUCUGGUCGCAGAAACUUCUUGACAGAGCUGAAAACGUUGUCAAAGAGAACGCCGCGCGAUCGAGCAACCACUUCUAAACGCGACUAAUUUCUUCCCUUUGAUGCCAGGCGACCGAUUACCACGCCUUUCCAGAGAACGGUGCUUUUCCGUCACAAUUUCCACGUCCAGGGAAUUUUCAUCGAGUACUUGUGUAAUGUCACCGAAGAAACCGAAGGAGGUGUCAUCUUUUUAAUUACUAAAAAAUUUUAGUAUCUAAAUCGUUGUAUAAUUAACAUAAUCAAUUAGCAAAUUGAAUUAAAGUAAUCAUACGACAAUAGCACGAAGAAGAGAGAAAUUAAAGUGCAUUCGUCAAUCGUAAGGGUAGAAGGGGAGGGAGAAGGGUGCGGUGCGGUUUCCCACAAACAGACAGAAGCGAUUAGAGGGUGAUUAGAAAGAAGGUGUUCUGGAUUGCAUCCCACCACCGUAAAAGCGCCGGCGUUUCGAAACGUCUGAGUGUCCAAAUGCUCCCCUCGCCACUUUUACACCCCCGAGUCGAGUAGCAGACACCGAAUCGUGUUCCAGGGGCUGAUACCGUGGGGUUGGACAGGAUUUUCCCCCCUCUCUAUCGGCAAACAGCCAUGCGACGCACGCUCUCCCUUCUUCCCUUUUUUUCUUACCCUCCUAUUAGUACUCGUGUGGAGCUGUCGCGAUUAUUACUUAAUAGAUAUCGCGGUUAAACAGACUUCCGGUGAUAAGAGGAUCAAGAGGUACGUAGAAGUUUCAGCUGGCAGACGUUUUCGGUCGAACUUUUUAACAAGAAAAUAAACCGAGAAUGGUAAUUAAAAAUCUAAUGAUUAAUCAUCGAUUUGGAGAUUUUUUUUCUUAAUGAAACGCGUGCCAGUCUCGUGGCCUCGAGUUUCAUAGGGGUUUACCCGUUCACUAAUUAUUAUUUCCGUCGUUAAGUAGGCUAUUUUUUUUCAGGAAAGACCCGCAGACGUAAACAAAGAGUUGAACGACGGUGUUCUGUGCUCUAUCGGUAGCGCAGCUACCGGAAUUUAUUUAUUUUCCCCGCGAUGACACGUGGUUCCUCUUCUCUUCUUUCUUCAUUUUCCCCGGUUUCUUCAACUUCCCGUCCGACUAAUUCGAAACCUCGAUCUUUCAAGAACUACCUUUUCUUCAAAUCUACCAUGAGUGACAUUAUUAAAAUAUGAUUCCAUCUUUCUUCUGAAUUUUAAAGAAAAGGAAAUUAGAAAGCAUCCGGAUUAAUUUGUAAAGAAAUCGAUAAUCGUUAAAAGUUAAUCUCUGAAAGAGGAGCAAAAGUAAGACGAGUAAAUGGUGAUGUUCCAGUGUCGGAUAAAGAGAGAGGAAGUAAAGAUUGGAAGAGAUGAGAGAGGAGGAUAGAAGAGAGAAAUUCAGAGGGGCCAUGUGGCGUUUCAGGAGAUAUCAAAUCAUACUACGUGUACGCCAUGCCGCCCCCUAAAUAUAGUUUAUUGCGUUACCGAGUAUUAAUGGAUACUCCUAUAGAAAAGACCAACACAGACACGGUAUUACUCGUCGAGCUAGGAAAAUUCAGAUCUCUCAUCAAUAACUUCUCUCUAUUCCUUACCUAUAAUCUACGAAAGACGAUCAUUUGGAAUUCUGUUAAUCUUGUACGCUGAAAUCUAACGUUUAUUGAUCCAUGUCUCGUGUAACUGAUUUCUGUAAAUCGUGUAAUGUAUCUGCUGUAUCUCUUGUUGUGUAUCACGAAUCGUUCGCGAUUCGUGUCGAAUGGAAACGAGGUCGUCCAAUGUACUUUGCGUUCAUUUAGCCCAAAGUAAACUCUCGAAUCUCAAAUAAAUAUACUCUAAAAUUCAAUAAAAUAAACCGCGUGAAAUUGUAAAAUACUUUGGAAGUUGUAAUCGUAUAAAUCUGGAAAUUUUAUUGAUUCAACAUUCCAAGAAUAUUUUAUAAAAAUGAUUCUUCGAACUCCCGUGUGGUCCUAAUUUUCAAGAAAACAGUGACCAAAAAUUGAGAUGAUCGAAUGAAAAUACCGGUUUUAGGUCAACAUCCUUCAGAUCUAUCGUUAUUAUUCUACCUGAAGGAACUAUCGUAAGUCAAACUGUUAGAAAUGAAAUUAGAGGAAGAAGAUUAGGUAGAGGAGGAAGAAUCCUCGGAAGGGGUACGAAGAAAACCGUGGCCAGUUCCGGUGUCACAAAUCGAAAAUGUAAACAGUGACAUUGCGUACACGUGUACUCUGUAUAUCAUAAACUAGACGCUCGUCUUUUCCUCUUGCUUACUACGUCCGUUUCCCGGGUUCAUUCAUGAAAAUCUGACAGCCCUUUAAAAACCGUCAACUAUGGAUGCACGUGGAUACUCUUUACUUUCUCCCAUUCAAAACUUUUUCCCCCUCGAAACUUUAUUAUUUUACAACGUACCGUCCGUUUUCAGCGUGAAAACGACAUUAAUAUUUAUAAGGUUCGAAGAAAGUUUAUCGAAAUGGAAGAAGAGGAAGAGACAAACGGUUACUCUUCGCCUCUGGAAUAAUAAACAAACCCUUUUUCUUCCUGAACGACAGUACACAGUGGGUAGUUGUUAAGGGAACACGGUGUUCCCUGAUCUGGGUUAAUAAAAAUUUCGAACACGGGUGUCGCGUUUCAAGGAACACCGACGCAACAUUCUUCUGCCACCGAGUCAUCGAAGAGUCCUUUGAUCGCGUUUGAAAAGGGGUUGAGAGACGGCAGGCGCUACCGAAAAAGAUGCUCCUUCCCGGAAAAUGACCCUUAAAUCAUCUUUAUCGUCCUAAACUUCACUUUGAACCUUUCGUAUUGGCAGCGUGUUUCAAACAAAAUUUUGCUCUUUCGAGAUGAAAGAUUUUCACUGGUACGAAAUUAGAUCAUCCGGUUGAUUGAAUUAAUUUACUCCUAUCUUGGAAGAUAGAAUUUUUAAUUCGUUAGACACCGAGUCGACGAAGAAGCUGAUGGACGAUGGUGUUGACGGUAAUCAAUUGUGACAGAAAGAUGGUUUUUUGUCAUUUAGAGAAGCAUCGCCCUGGGAAAAAGGGAGAUAAAGCCACUUACGCAUGUAAGUUGGCUUGAAAGCGAGCUUCGUACGCUGACCGAUACUAUUUUCAGCCGUUUUUGCCGCUAAUUACGGCGCUCGUGGAAGGAGCGACCUUUAUCGAAAGCCACUCGACUAACUAAGGCUCGAUGCUUCAGAUUAAAAGCCCGCCACGAAUUUAAAAUAGAAUACACUUCGGUGAAAUUCAGAGUCUUUUCUUCAAUAAUUUAAUCGGAAGUGAAGGGAAUUGAAAGGGGCCUGGUAUCCUUUUUAAAAUAAAAUAAAAAAAAAGAAUAAAAAGAAGAAAUUAUAGUUGCACGAUUGAUACCGACAGAAUCGCGAAUAGGACGUGGAAGUUCCGAUGGUGGUAUCCUAAAUCAUGUCCCUCCGCUGAAUCCCCUUUCAAUUUACUAAUUGAAUCGAAAAAGUCCGCAUGGGCGUAAACGAAACGAAGCUCCGCCUUUCUGCUUGGCUACGCGAUCCUCUCGUUCGUGUCUACACCCACUACAUUGGAUAACGCAGGCAGCUAACGCAUGCUGUGGGUGCGCGUCACCCAAAUCUCCCUUCUUCUCAGUGGCACUUGGACUGCAUCCGGAAACGCAUGUCUCUUGCAUCCCUCGUGACCUCGCUGAUUUUUCUCCGCUGACACUGCAGCCAUUCGAAUAACAAAGGGUUGUUACUCGGUCAUUGGGUGUCGCGGUGAAUUUUAGGAAUAUUCUAUGAGGAAGGUGAACGGUGAACGGUGUGACAAAUUAGUGUUUACUUUAUACGAAAUUAAAUAGUUCUAUUGGUGGAUUCUCUAGUGAAAGUUUGUGUGGAAAGAGGGUGCAAUGCUGGGGGGUUACGAGACGCAACCGGAUUAUUAUCCGCAGUGGCAUCAGCCCUACAAUUAUGUCACACAAUUACCAUAUGGUCCAUUGAACGUUCCCGACGCGGACAGCCAAUCAACGUACUGGGGUGCGGAUUCCGGGAUCUCCGGGGGUAGUUCCGGCGCGGGAAGUCCCACCGCCUCUACGCCACCCUUGAUCGAAGAAAUUGGUGUCCAAGAGACCAGUUACUCCCCUUUGCAACAAUACUCUCACCCUUCCAUCAACCAACACUACUCGAAUCUAAUGUAUCCACCUCAACAAGAGCUUCCCCAUCAUCUCCAUCACCACCAUCAUCAUCAGCAACAACAGCCACAAAAUCAUCGAAGAGACAGCAAUUAUUCAACGAUCACCUCGAUUAAUCAGGUGGAUGUUUCUCUUCAACAACAUUUGAGACAAGGGACAAGAGAGGGUGGUGUCGUGAUCAGACCCAAAAGAAGGAACACAGCUAACAAGAAAGAACGAAGACGAACGCAGAGUAUAAACAACGCGUUUGCCGAUCUCCGUGAUUGCAUACCGAACGUUCCUGCUGACACGAAAUUAUCGAAGAUUAAGACGUUAAGGCUGGCAGCCUCGUACAUCGGGUAUCUUAUGGCGGUACUCGAGAGCGACGAGGGAGAGGAACCGCAGACAUUCAGAGCGGAAAUUCUGUCGAACGGAAGGAGGAACAAAACGGCUCAAGGAAAUCAGAACGAGUCGUGUUUGCACGCCGCGUCGAGUCUCGGCUCGGAGGAAUCGUCGAAGAGUAAAGGAAGAACCGGAUGGCCGCAACAUAUGUGGGCCCUCGAAUUGAAACAGGAAUCAAAUACCAACCAAAUGCAAUAAAAUCAUAGAUUUCUGUCUAUCUAUUCCACCCAUGUUUUUGCAACGAUUCGAUGUCGAUAGAGUAGAUGUAAAAAAAAAAAAAAAAAGCGAUAAGUGAUCGUUCUGUAAAUACGCGUUUACGAGUUACAUGUGUAAAUAGAAGUGUCUUGUUUCUUAGUUGAUAAUUAGAAUUAAUUAGUCCUCUGCAUUAUCUUCGUUUCUAUUCAUCGAUUAUGGUGAGUAAAUGUUUCAUUUAAUUUUUUCAAAAUUCUAAUAAUUAGAAGAAAUGCAGGGAGCUAAUUAAAGUACAGGAUGUAUAUCCAUUAACCUAUGAAAAAUAAGGGAUGAAGGAGUGUAAUUAAUUACGUAACUGGUAGGACUACUUCCUUGAUUAUUUCAGUGCAAUAUUAAAUUCAUUAUCAUUAAAAUUCAUUCCAUUCUAACUUGACAAGAUAAAACUCUUCGUAUUUCAAUUUCUACCUGUUCUAAUUAAUUUUUUUUUAAUCAAUUGGGUUUAAUUGCCUGUAAACUUUUGUAUAAAGUACCGUCAGCGAGGUAUGAAAAGUCACUAGCAAUAAAUGGAUUAUCGUAACUUAAA